GAGAGAGAGAGAGAGAGUCAACCCAACCCAAAAUUUUGGCCUCUUUCCCCGAUUCUUGUGUCACUUAUGAAACAGGGUCCCUGUUGCUGGAGCACAUCUUUGUUUUGCUGAAAGCAAGAGGUGUGGGCUGCCACUCCGCCCUGUCACCUCCCCUGAGCGGUGUCGUCCCAGGCGGGGUGGGCCCCUUUCUCCAGCAUCUUAACCCUGCCUCGGUCACCCUGGCCUUUCAGCUUUGUGGCUCUGGUUUCAUCUUAGAAGAGGCUCUUCUUGAUUAAGCAACACGAGCUUGGAGGAACAGGCCGAGGCAAGAGAGCACUUCGCAGAGAAGCUGGGGUCUGCAUCCAUCCUGUCUUCGCCUGGCCUGGCUGCACAACUUGGGAAGUACCAUGAGGGAGCUGCGCCUGCUCUGCUGGGCGGUUCUCCUGGGCCUGGUACAGGCUUGCCCUGAGCCUUGCGACUGUGGGGAAAAGUACGGCUUUCAGAUUGCAGACUGCGCCUACCGUGACCUAGAGGCCGUACCACCGGGCUUCCCGGCCAACGUGACCACGCUGAGCCUGUCAGCCAACCGGCUGCCAGGCCUACCAGAGGGAGCCUUCAGGGAGGUGCCUCUGCUGCAGUCGCUGUGGCUGGCCCACAAUGAGAUCCGGACCGUGGCUCCCGGGGCCCUGGCUUCUCUGGGCCAUCUUAAGAGCCUGGACCUCAGCCACAACCUUAUCUCCGAGUUCGCCUGGAGCAACCUGCACAACCUCAGCGCCCUCCAGUUGCUCAAGAUGGACAGCAAUGAGCUGGCCUUCAUUCCCCGUGACGCCUUCCGUAGCCUUCGGGCUCUGCGCUCCCUGCAGCUCAACCAUAACCGCCUUCAGGCCUUAGCCGAGGGCACCUUCGCACCGCUCACCGCCCUGUCCCACCUGCAGAUCAACGACAAUCCUUUUGACUGCACCUGUGGCAUCGUGUGGUUCAAGACGUGGGCCCUGGCCACGGCUGUGUCCAUCCCGGAGCAGGACAACAUUGCUUGCACGUCACCCCACGUGCUCAAGGGGACCCCGCUGAGCCGCCUGCCUCCUUUACCGUGCUCCGCGCCCUCGGUGCAACUUAGCUACCAGCCCAGCCAGGACGGGGCGGAGCUGAGGCCUGGCUUUGUGCUGGCACUGCACUGUGAUGUAGACGGACAGCCAGCCCCCCAGCUUCACUGGCACAUUCAGACCCCUGGUGGCACUGUAGAGAUUGCCAGCCCCAACGUGGGCACCGAUGGGCGUGCCCUGCCUGGUGCCCUGGCAGCCAGCGGGCAGCUGCGCUUUCAGGCCUUUGCCAACGGCAGCCUGCUCAUCCCUGACUUCGGGAAGCUGGAGGAGGGCACCUACAGCUGCUUGGCUACCAAUGAGCUGGGCAGUGCGGAAGGCUCUGUGAACGUGGCCCUGGCCACCCCAGGUGAGGGCACUGAGGACGCGCUAGGGCACAGGUUCCACGGCAAAGCAAUGGAAGGCGGGGGCUGCUACACCGUUGACAAUGAGGUACAGCCAUCCGGGCCCGAGGACAACGUGGUCAUCAUCUACCUCAGCCGUGCUGGGCCUCCGGAGACAGCUGUAGCAUCCGAGGGGAGCCCUGGGCAGCGGCUGCCAGGCUGGCUCCUUCUGGGCCUAAGCCUCUUGAUUUCCCUCCUUGCCUGCCUCUAGCCACGCAGCCUGCCCUGGCUGGCUAAAGCGGCCCCAGGAUCUCCUUAACUCCUCUUCCUCCUGACCCUGCCAGCGUUCCUUAUAAAUACACGCCACGGGGGUCUGGGGCUGGCAAGCUUGGGGUUGGCCUGGGAACUUCACACUUUCCUACCUCCCCUUUUAAAAGCUCUUCCAGACCACCUACCACUCCGCCUUUUAGACCUGCUCAGAUGCUAGCAGCUAGGAUAGGACUGCCGCCCAUGAUUCUGGCUCUGGUGCUAAUCGCUGCUAACAGCAUUGCCCAUACCCACAGUGUGGGAGGGGGAGCAUGCUAAUAGGGGUGAUCAUGAUGCCCUGACCCACCAAGAAUUCUGGACACUGAGACUGAUAAGCUGGGGAGGCCACCGAGCUAGGCGUUGGAGUAGGACUGGGAGGAGCCUGGAUUGGCCAGCACAGGAAGGGCUAGGGAGGUCAGAAGUGCCCCUGCCCCUGCUGUCCUCUGAUAAGAAUAUGGGACCCAUCUAUGUCUGGGCCUUCCUCCCAUCUGGACUUCUGCUCCCCUAGUCUGCACCCUCCAUCCACCCAGGACACCUGCCCUCCAUCCUUCUCCAAGUAUGCACCUGUAGCCUGCCCCUCCAACAAGGCCAGCCAGCAUGGGGAGGCGGGGAGGGGGCGUCAGAGAAAUAAACAGCAUUUCCAAUGCU